AUGAGGGAGGCGUUGCAGGGGCCCGGGGUGCUAGGAACGACCGGGCUGUUCCCGGGGGCGGGGUCCCCGGUGGUGCUUGAUCUGGGCGCCGUGUCUCAGGACGGGUCACCGCACGGCCGACCAGCUGGACGCGCCAGCCUUGCCGGCUGCUCGCGGGCUGUGAGGGCGGCGGGACUCGUGCCGGUUGGGGUUUGCAAUGCUAGCCACGACGUGUUGAAGACGGCCUCGGAGCAGGGGUUGCCGGAGGUAAUGAUGGUACACGCCAGGCCACGAUCGUCGCCGCCUCAGGUGGCCGCCUCACGAUCGACGAGGAAUCACGGGGCGGAACAACCGGUGCCGGUUCGGGCCUCCGAUGCGGCGGAAUCGGUGGUAAAAACGCCUCCGUCCGCGGCGCCUUCUGGUACGUCGGCACCGGCACCAACAAGGACUUCUGCGUUGGGGGAAGGGGAGGAGGGGCGAAGAAGAGGUGGGGGUUCUUGCAGCGUGGUGGAACCAGCACCAGCAACUACAGGAGAACAGGAAGAGGACCGAAAUAGCCAUAGCGAGCGUUCUGGGAGCAGUUUGAGCGAGGAGGAGAGCGGCCGAGAAACGAUGGUGUAUCAAGGGUCUGUUCGGAGCGGACAGCAGGUUUUUGCGGAGGGAACCUCGCUCGUUGUCCUGGGUGCCGUUAGCUCAGGCGGCGAGGUUAUGGCGGACGGAGAUAUACACGUCUACGGUACGCUGAGGGGUAGGGCUUUGGCUGGCCUGUCCGGCAACAAGUCCGCAAAGAUCUUCGCUACGAGGUUCGAUGCAGAGUUGGUGGGCGUCGGCGAAACCUUCACCACGCUGGACAGCCCGGAGAGCCUGGCCGGUCUGGUGGUGGAUACCCCCACCAACGUCUGCCUUCGGGAGAACAAGCUGGUCUUCCACUCCUUCGACCUGUCUGCCGCGAACCCAUGAUCGAUAGAACACAGCGAAUGGUUCUUUCCUCCUUUUUUACGUGGCGGGCUGGGUAGUGAUCACCACAGAGCACACGUGUAGGAGAUUAUGUUCCACCGGUCCCUCACCUACGUGAAUGCAUGUAUAGGGGUGCGUGGGUGCUGGGAAGUCGGGCCGUUCAGGCCGCGGUUUUGCUGGGCGUUCGACUGAGCAGUGCAUCGGUUUGCGCGCUUGCUCCUCUUUCUGGAUUUGACUAUUUGUCACGGCUCCAGAAAAGAGAGUUAUCGGUUGGAUGUUGUAUUCGGUUGUGAGUUAGUUGUGUUGUCUCUGGAGCGUCGCUGGAGCGUAUCUCUG